UGUGUAUAUCCCUGUUGUGGUGUGUUUCACGGCGUUAAUUCUGGCUGAUUCAUUGUAGUCGGUCUGAAACUCAAAAGGCUUUCUGACAUUAUAACUUUCUCAUUACACAGAUCUACAUCAUGGACCGGUUGUUGAGGCUUGGAGGAGGAAUGCCUGGACUCAGUCAGGGUCCUCCCACAGAUGCUCCCGCCGUGGACACUGCUGAACAGGUGUACAUCUCCUCUCUUGCCCUGCUUAAGAUGUUGAAACACGGGCGAGCUGGUGUGCCCAUGGAAGUCAUGGGUCUGAUGUUGGGAGAGUUUGUGGACGAUUACACUGUGCGUGUGAUUGACGUGUUCGCCAUGCCGCAGUCAGGAACGGGUGUAAGCGUAGAGGCCGUAGACCCUGUAUUUCAAGCCAAGAUGUUGGACAUGUUAAAGCAGACGGGAAGGCCUGAGAUGGUGGUGGGCUGGUACCACAGUCACCCUGGGUUUGGCUGCUGGUUGUCGGGUGUGGAUAUUAACACACAGCAGAGUUUUGAGGCUCUGUCAGAACGUGCUGUCGCUGUGGUGGUCGACCCCAUUCAGAGCGUCAAGGGAAAGGUUGUAAUCGAUGCUUUCAGGCUUAUAAAUGCCAAUAUGAUGGUUCUAGGUCACGAGCCACGUCAGACCACAUCUAACCUUGGACACCUUAACAAGCCCUCAAUUCAGGCUUUGAUUCAUGGGCUCAACCGGCAUUAUUACUCCAUCACUAUUAACUACAGGAAAAACGAAUUGGAGCAGAAGAUGUUACUGAACCUUCAUAAGAAAAGCUGGAUGGAGGGUCUUACCCUGCAAGAUUACACCGACCACUGCAAACUGAAUGAGACCAUUGUCAAAGAGAUGCUGGAACUGGCCAAAAACUAUAAUAAAGCUGUAGAAGAAGAGGACAAGAUGACCCCUGAACAACUGGCCAUUAAGAACGUUGGAAAACAGGAUCCCAAACGGCAUUUGGAAGAGCAUGUUGAUGUUCUCAUGACAUCCAACAUUGUCCAGUGCCUUGCAGCAAUGCUGGACACGGUUGUGUUUCAGUGAUUUCCCUCUCUGUCUGUGCAUAAAUGUUCAUAUUCUACAGUUGUUUUGUCUUUUUAGGAAAUAAACACAAAAUUCCAGUAA